ACAGAUGGUUAAAUAACCUAGUUUUAUUGAAAAUGACUCAAACUUGAUGUCAUAUAUACAAAAGAAAGCUAUAAUUAGGACAUGAGUACAAAGUUUACAACUAUAAAAUUGAAGAACCUAGUUUACGACUAUAAUUAGGGUCAGAUGUUUCCGAACUCUACAGCUUCUUACUCACCUUCGCUACCAUGACUGGCACCGGCCUGGUGACAGACGAAGCGUGUUCGUGUCUUCAUCAUGUACUACAAUGUUUUCAAGGCACGCCGCUGCUUGACCCUGCAAGCAAACAGAUUGCUCACUUGUUGAAUAAGCAUCCUCCGCCGCAGCAAGCAAUCCAACCAGAUAUCUGCAAGGAGAGUCAAGUAGUUCAGCGCAAAGUUUUUAAGGCCGUGCUUGCUUUGGAUGCUGUGGCAGUACUUCUUCCCGUUAUGUCAACCCAGGACAGAACUGCUGUGCUCUUCUCCUAUAAAACUCUGUUUGAACUGCAACAAGGCUAUGUUACAUUUCGCAUAAUAAAUGGUGUGCAUAGAGUUUGUCUCAACCCAUCUCCAGACGUUUCUCCUGAAUUGUUGCUCGAUCUAAUAUGCUCCAUAUGUCAUUCUGUCUCCAAACAUGAGACAAAUUAUAUUGUGGAAAAGAUAUCUGAAUUGCUGGGUACUGGAGUGGCGAAAGUCUAUUCCUUGAACAGGAAAAUCUGCGAAACUAAGCUCCCUAUUGUGUUUGAUGCACUCAAAGUUAUAAUGGUAAAGCCUGAAGAAGAAGACAUCGCUCAUGCAGCACAGGCAUUUAAGUGUUUAAUUCGUGCUUGCAUCGAUGAAAGCUUGAUCAAACAGGGAGUUGACCGUAUUCUGAUGAAUGCAAAUAUGUAUAACAGAACAAACUCUGAGCCAACUAUAAUUGAAAAAUUGUGUGCUACUAUUCAAAGCUUAUUUGGUUAUUCCGACACUACUAUCCUGUACCUUGCUUUUGAAAUUGUCUCAACAAUGUUCGAGAAACUAGGGGUAUACUCUUCUUAUUUGAUGAAGGGUACACUGAAGACCUUAGCAGACAUGCAGAAGUUGCCUGAUCAAGAGUUCCGUUUCAAGGAGGAGGUCAAGCUUGUUCUACAAGUGGUUGUUGAGAAAUGGGGGCGUGAUGCUAUAAUGGCUGUCUUGCCUCAAGAACACAUGGAACUGCUUGAAUGAGAUUUCUCAUGCUAUCAAUACUUUUUCCUAUCUUAUAUAUUGUUAAUAUUUCUUUUUUUCUUUUUUUGGUUAAAAACAGAUCAAUGAACAGCUGGGUUCUAAAUCUGUGGAGGCGAGAUCUAAUGUGUCCACAGCAACUACUGUCAGAAACAAUCAAGCGUAUGAUAAAGCACCAUGUAACAAUUCAAAACGGGAGAUGGAUGAUCCAGAUAUUGAGUAUGAGGCCUGGAAUAGAGAGUUCAGGGAAUGGCGUGCUAGGAAUAUUGCCAAGGGUGCUGCC